CUUGAAAAAUGACACUUGAAAUUUUAACUCACAAUAUUUUUCAUGCUUUUUCCAUAUAUUUCUAUUUCUAUAUUUGCACCAUUUUCUGUAAUAACUCAUGACUUUUUGAUCAUUUUUGCAAUACCUCCUGCAUUCAGAAUUCGCCAUCAUACAGGCGAACAGAAACAUAUCGAUCUCAUCACGCUCGUGUCAAACGGACACAGCCAGCACCGUUGGUAUCACCACUAUCGAUAUGUGUGUCGUCGUCAGUGACGUCACGCCACACUAUAUAUAUAUAAGCCCGCCGGGAGGUAGCUAGCUCUGCCACCGCCAUUGUUACAUUCUCUCUCUCCACCAGGGCCGGCCGGGGUCGAAACCGCUCCAAAACCUUCGUCUUCUCGUUCCCCUCACACAUAAAAAAAAAAAGACGACGACGUUCUUGACAGCCAUCAGAAGUUAAACGUCAAAAGCGAGAAGACAAAGAACCGAACCCGGCCCCCGGUGAGAGAGGCGGUGGGCGAACAACAACGACGACAAAGAUGUCAGCGCUUUUCUCCAUUUUAAACCCCCCAUCCAAAAAUCUAGGACUUUAAAGAAAAACACCGUUGAAAUGGCGCUGAAAUAAACCUUCUUAAUGCCCCCUUUUCCACACCGGAGAGAGAGGAAUGUUCGCGGUGCUUUGGCCCUGCUGAUGGAACAAUGACUGUGGAGCUUCCACCUCCAACAUCUCCUUAAAAGCUGCUGCUUCUAACAAAAGGUGCAUUUUAUUCCUUGGAGCUGACAUCUAAUCCAUGAUCUUUGGACAAAGAACAAGCUGCUUGUUUGUGGCCCAGACACAGUUUCCAUGGAGGCAGGCUCGUCCCUCGGCCUCAAACGACGAUACGAAGAGGUGGACCACGUCUCUCCCUUCUCGACGCCCAAAGACUCUGACGAUGACAUCUCCAGCAGCGACAGCGCCGACAGCUGCGACAGCCUCAACCCCCCCUCCAGGAGCGAACUCACCCCCACCUCCAUCCUCAGACGACACAAGCCGUCGCCGGGAAGCAAGCGCGUGCGCUUCGACGCGGUGACGGUGUAUUACUUCCCCCGUCGGCAGGGCUUCACCAGCGUGCCCAGCCAGGGGGGCAGCUCGCUGGGUAUGGACCACCACCACUCGUCCAUCCGCCGCUACACGCUGGGCGAGUUCGCCAGGGAGCAGGAGAGCAGCCACCGCCACACCUUACGUCAGCACCUACGCCAGGAGAAGCUCAACGCGCGCAAGCUGAAGCUGACCAGGAACGGCACGGUGGAGUGCGCCCAGGCCGACCUGCUGACCCUGGACGACGUGUCGGACGAGGACCUGGACAUGGACGCCGUGGAGGUGGACGACUGCUUCUUCCUGCAGCCGCUGCCCACCAAGAGACGACGGGCGCUCCUGCGGGCCUCCGGCAUCGCCCGCAUCGACGCCAGGGAGAAAACGGAGCUGCGGGCCAUCCGCCUGUCCCGGGAGGAAUGCGGCUGCGACUGCCGCCUGUACUGCGACCCUCGCCGCUGCGGCUGCAGCCAGGCUGGCAUCAAAUGCCAGGUGGACCGAAUGUCCUUCCCGUGCGGAUGCUCCAGGGACGGCUGCGGCAACCUAGCGGGCCGCGUGGAGUUCAAUCCCCUGCGUGUCCGAACGCACUACCUGCACACCAUCAUGAAGCUGGACCUGGAGAAGAGGAGAAUGUUGCUGCCGGUCCCGGUGGGAUCCCCGUCCCAGGAGGCGUACGUCUCCGAGGCGGAGAAGGAGGAGGACAUCCUGGAGCGGGAGAACGAGACGGCCGUGUUGCACCUGCAGAGCGCCGAGGAGCAGGACAGGCUGGAGAGGGAGGUGCAGGCGGAGCCUCUGGGAAUGCUGGCGGAGCUUCCCGGGCAGGCGGAGGAGCCGCAGGUGGAGGAAGUCCUCCUGCAGGGGCCCUUCCCCACCGGGGCCACCGUGUUGUGCAUCAACCAGGAAGAGGAGAACCCAAACGAUGUUGGCACAGACUCCGCCCCUCUCCUUUACUACCAGCUUAGCUCCAUUGAACCCGUUGCCUUCGAGACCCCCGCCAAGGACCAGGAAGCAGCAGAAGACGAAGAAUCAAAGCUCCAAGAUGACGACACCCCCGACGACCAACUUCCUCCCGACGUCUAGUCCCGACUUUUCUGCGCACGUUUUGCACAUAACGCCUCCAAGAAGUAGAGCAUUUCAUUCGACGGCCGCCGUGGAGGCCGACGCACACGGCCAUCUUGGGUAAGACCACCUCAACGCAUUGAAAAGAAAAACACGCACAGGAGGAAGAACUGCUCGCAAAGCGAAAAAAGCGACGUAGCCAAACUUUUGUCAAGCCAAAUGACGGCAAAAACUGACCUAAUAAUCCUGGAAAUACUUGUCUUCUCCUGUACUGUACCGCCUUCGCCGCCAGGCCUGCGUGUCGGCGACGGGCACGGCGCCGCCGUGGCGUCAAUCCACCUUCGUGUCGUACUUGCUUUGCCUGUGAUGUCACUAUACAGUAGAUCCCCGCGUAUUCGCCGAGCUUGCUUCAAUGGCAACAUUUUCCAGCAGGAAGAUGCUAUGACCAAUUGCAGUACAAUACUUGAUACCGUAUGCCUGCUAUGGGUUGCAUUUAAAAUGCAUAAUAAUAAUAACUGAGUAUUAUGAAUUACAUUUUUAUUGCUGCAUACAUCUACAUACAUCUUCAUAGCCCUCGGGAAGAACGGAGAUCUACUGUAUUAUUAUUAUUAUUAUUAUUAUUAUUAUAUUAUAUUAUGGAUCUCUUGUGAAUGAGUGUGCUUGUUGGGAAGGUUUCGUCUACUUUCAUCUUCCUGGUGUUCUUCUAGUACGCAGUGGGUUCCGCAUCAGUGGGUUCCGCAUCAGUGGGUUCCGCAUCAGUGGGUUCCGCAUCAGUGGGUUCCACAUCACCACCCACCACGCUGCUAUGGUUGAAAUAUGAUCCAAAGGUUGGUGUCUAUCAUUGACAAUGUAUUGCGUUUACAUGGAUCACAAAUUGCUUGUUAUUCUAGAACACUUCCCGAUAGAAGUAGCCUGUGUUCUGUGAAGGCCUGCUUUAGAACCGGCUCACAAAUUUAACACCAUGCCUGUUCAGGGGUGUAAAAUCUUGCAUGCUCUUCUUCAAUGAAACCUCUAGAACCGGAGUCACUUCUAGAACUUGCCAAACGAUGCACUCCAGAGCCGGUCUCAGGUCAGAAUCCAGCACCAGAGUCUUAUUACGAUCUCACUUUGCUUUCUGCAAGAGUUCUAGGGCUGCAAUCAAGAAGAACCCCACGGUUGCACACUAGAACCUGCCAAACAAUGCCCUCUAGAGCUGGUCUCAGGUCAGAAUCUAGCACCAGAGUCUUAUUAUGAUCUCACUUUGUUUUCUGCAAGAGUACUAGGGCUGCAGUCAAGAAGAACCCCACGGUUGCACACUAGAACCUGCCAAACAAUGCCCUCUAGAGCUGGUCUCAGGUCAGAAUCUAGCAGUCUUAUUACGACCUCACUUUGCUUUCUGCAAGAGUUCUCAGGUUGCACUCAAGAAGACCGCCAAGGGUUCCUUGGAGUACAUACUAGCUGCUACGCACAACAACAACUUCACCUCAACACUCUAGAGCUGGUUCUCUAGAACUGAGGUUAUAUUCUAGAGCUUGAGUCCGUUUUUACACACCUCUCUGUAAUCUUCUGUAAGUUCUUAACACGCUCAAGAACCUCCAAGUUUUCAUUCGAGAAGAUGCCGAACGUUUCACACCAUAGUUGGCCUGAGGAUACACUCUAGAAUGGAACUCCGGGCCCCUAGCUUGUUCAGGAACGUAGCAUCUGGCCUGAAUGUACCAUCAGCCCAGUUCUGGAGGCCUGUGUAACAUAGAAUCAGCUGUGGAGUGCAGCAUCAAACGUACUAGAAUUGAAUACUCAGCCUAUUCAGCGAUGAAGCAUCUGGACUGAGAGAAACCUCGGGGUUCUUGAAGCAUACCUUUUAAGACCUUUUAAGCGACCUGACAUUAGAGAUGAGUAUUAAAGGACUCAGGCUCUAGAACGUAACCUCAGGCAAUGUGUAACGGAGAACCAGUCCUAGAGUGCGGCAUCAAACAUGUACUAGAAUUGAACAAAAAGGUUGGGGUUCUGCCUGAGUGUAACCUUAGACUCUCGUGGAAAGCAAAGUUGGGACUUGAAAUAACAGACUGCGGCUCAAGAACCGAGCUUCAGGCCAGCCCUAGAGUGCAAUGCUUGAUAUGUUCUAGAAUGAAACCAUGGGGUUCUCCUUGAGCAUACCCUUAAUCCACCUGAUAUUACAGUGACAAAUGUAAUAAUAGACCCUGGUUCUAGAGUGUAGACUCGGAACCAGCCCUAGAGACCUGUGUGACUCGGAACCAGCCCAAGAGACCUGUGUGACUCGGAACCAGCUCUAGAGACCUGUGUGACUCGGAACCAGCCCUAGAGACCUGUGUGACUCGGAACCAGUCCUAGAGACCUGUGUGACUCGGAACCAGAUCUAGAGACCUUUGUGACUCGUAACCAGCUCUAGAGACCUGUGUGACUCGGAACCAGCCCUAGAGACCUGUGUGACUCGGAACCAGCCCUAGAGACCUGUGUGACUCGGAACCAGAUCUAGAGACCUUUGUGACUCGGAACCAGAUCUAGAGUGUAGACUCGGGCCAACUCUAAAGACCUGUGUGACUCGGAACCAGCUCUAGAGUGCAACAAGUUUAAGACCAAGACUGUUCAGCGAUGUUGGGGCCUGUUCUAGGGUCAAACCUUGGGGUUGUUUGAGUGGAACCCCAUGUUCUAGAGUUAGACAGCACUCCUGUUGGAUUGAUCUGCAGGAUAACCACACGUAUGCUCCAGAGUACCAUGCCUGUUCUAGAGCAUACUUCUCAGUGUUGCCUCUGGUCUGUUCUAGCAUUUUUCAGUCCGUUCUAGAGUCAAAGCUUCCAGCUCUUGUAGAAAGCAAGGUUGGCAUUUGGUUCAAGAAUCUAACCUCGGUGCUCGCUAUGUUCUAGCACCAAACCCUGGUGUUCUUCUUGAGCGUACCCUUAAGCAACCAGAGAUCUAGAAUGUAGCCUCAGCCCAGCUCUACAGACCUGUGUAACAUGGAAGCAGCUCUAGAGUGCAACACUAAGCCUGUACUAGAAUUUAACUCUAGAACAUUUGGCCUGUUCUAGAGUGAAACAGGUUGCAAAUGAACGUGUCGUUGACUCCCCAACGUAGCCCGAGACUGCAACGCUCGGCAUGUUCUAGUCAGAGGUGGAACUCUGGAAUUGAUCUACAGGUGCCAACCAAGCCUGUUCUAGAGUCUGGCCUUGGGCCUCCUGCAGAGAGAGGGUGAUAUCAACGUUCUAGAAUGGAACAACUAGCAGCUCUCAAGGGAAAGGCAGGGUAUGUUCUAGAGUGUGAACACCAGACCCGUGGACAAGUGGACCCCGGGGCGGUUCUAGAGUCUACCCGUCUCUUGCAACCAGACAUGUUCUACAGUAACCAGUGGCAGGUUCUCCAGUUUGAACACCAGACCUGUGCCCAAGUGGACCCUGCAUCACUUGCAAACAAACAUGUUCUAGAAUCUAACCGCAGACACGCAGGAGGAAAACACUAUUCUAGAUGUUCUAGAGCGGACCAGGAAAAGUUAGAUGGUGUGUUGCAGAACCAAUGUUGUAGGAGGGGGUGGGUGGUUGCCUACAGCCACAACAGUUGAUGUGAAUGAAUGAACACGAGGUCUCGUCUUUUGGUGAGUGAACGGAACGGUUCUAGAUGCUCCAGCCGGGUGGGGUGAAGACCUUUCCAGACAAAUGUGACGUGGUGUGUGUGUGUGU